GAGAGAAUGCGUAUGAUAUAUGUGUGUGAAGAAGAAGAAAAAGAAGUAGGAAGAAAGAAAGCAUCAGGGACAUGUCCAUAUUGUGGAGGGACAGUGGAGGCUGUGGAUAUUGAAGGCAAAGGCAAGCUUUUUUGUUUGCCAAUUUGUUUGAGGUUUAAAAUAAAGUAUAUUUGUUCUUUAUGUUCUAGGCGCCUUGUUUUGUACCCUUAAUUCAUUUCAUUUUGGUCAAAUCAGUAUUCAGAUUUCUAGCUUUGCAAGCUUCUGGUCAUUUGUUUUCUUUUCCAUUGAUGUUGGUCGAAUCAGUAUUCAGGCUUUUAGCUUUGCACGAC